AUGACCAGGCUCACACUUCUAGCAGGCUUAUGUCUGGUGAUAUGCCAGCUGGGAUCUGCCACCCAGAUGGUAUGUUACUUCACCAACUGGUCCCAGUACAGACCUGGUGAGGGGAAGUACAUGCCACAAGAUGUGGACCCCUUCCUGUGCACCACCCUGAUCUACGCCUUUUCCAUCAUCAACAGUAACAACCAGCUGAUUACCUACGAGUGGAAUGAUGACAUCCUCUACAAGUCUUUCAAUGGCCUCAAGACCAAAAAUCCUCAUCUGAAGACUCUGCUGGCUGUUGGUGGAUGGAACUUUGGUUCAAGACAGUUCUCCAUCAUGGUGUCCUCUCCAGCCAAUCGUCAAACGUUCAUCCAGUCCUCCAUUAAAUUCCUGAGGACUCAUGGAUUUGAUGGUCUGGAUCUGGACUGGGAGUACCCUGGUGCUCGUGGAAGUCCUCCAGAGGACAAACAGCGGUUCACUCUGCUCUGCAGGGAGCUUGUUGUUGCCUACGCAGCUGAGGCCAAGUCCACCGGCAAUCCUCAGCUCAUGGUAACUGCUGCAGUGUCUGCUGGAAAGGGAACCAUCGAUGCUGGAUAUGAGAUUGCUGAGAUUGCAAAGGAACUGGAAUUCAUCAAUGUGAUGACCUACGACUUUCAUGGAACUUGGGAGCGGUUCACUGGACACAACAGUCCACUGUUCCGUGGAUCCGAGGACUUUGGUGAUCUCGUCUACUUUAACACCGACUAUGCCAUGAAGUACUGGAGAGACAAAGGCACCCCAGUGGAGAAGCUCAGAAUGGGAUUUGCUGCUUAUGGUCGUACCUUCCGUCUGACAUCAUCCAGCACUGGAGUUGGAGCCCCAGCUAGCGGUCCUGCAUCAGCCGGACCAUUCACACGUGAAGCUGGAUUCUGGUCCUACUAUGAGAUCUGUGGAUUCAUGAAAGGCACCACUCUUCGGUGGAUUGAGGACCAGAAGGUUCCCUAUGCCACCAAGAACAGUGAGUGGGUGGGAUUUGACACCAAGGAGAGCUAUGAGACCAAGGUGCGUUACCUGCAGGAUCAGAAGUUUGGUGGUGCCUUUGUGUGGGCCCUUGAUUUGGAUGAUUUUGCAGGACGAUUCUGCGGCGAGGGUAGCCAUCCUCUGCUGGCUCAUCUCCGCAAACUUCUUAAUGUUGAACUGCCCCCACUGCCCCCUACCACCACCCCCAAACCUGGUGCUAGCACCACCACCCCCAAACCUGGUGCUAGCACCACCUCCCGUCCAACCACCACCGCCACUACCACCACCCACGCCCCAGGAUCUGGCUUCUGCAACGGCAAACCUGAUGGCCUGUACCCCCACCCAGAUGACCAGAACAAGUUCUACAUGUGUGCUGGUGGCAUCACCCACGUGAACCAAUGCGGAAGUGGAUCCAUCUUUGAUGACAGCUGCAAGUGCUGCGUCUGGCCCUAA